GUUGGCCAGUAUGAAAACCUCACUUUAGCUUCGCAGCAUUGCCAGACCGACGCUGGCUAUUUUUCUGUGGAAACAAGGCACUGCAUCAUUUGCCUGGAAAGCUGGCUGAAUGAAAAUCAACGGAAGGAUCCGGAUUUCCUUGCUCGCAUUUUCCUUCGUUCCGGAGCUCGACAGAGAGUUCGUACUUGUGCGCAUAAUCCAGCCUAUGAUCCUCAGUACCGCUCAAAGUGCUACAGACGGAUAACAGAGCAUGAUAAGAAUCCGAGUAGCUCAAAAAGGUCAUGCGAUUUAGCCGAGGAAGUGCGGCGCAGCAACCAUGCUCGAGCGAAAAUGAUGGGUUAUGAAAAAUAUGAUAUGUACAUUAUCAACCCACUUUUCGGCACAGGGCUCCAGUACAAUGCCAGUAGUGAGGUCAGGUAUUUCGCUAAAGGGGCAACGCUUCGAGAAAGCUCAUCGUCCUCGUCGAGUUCAAGUGGCGAGUGCUGGCCGGAGAAGUAUCCCUUGCAUAAAGCUGCAUACGAUAAUAAUGUGGCCGAAAUCAGACGACUGUUGGCUCGUGGUAUGAAAGUAAAUGAGAUGGAUAGUGCUUCCUGGACACCUCUGCAUUAUUGUGCUUUCUAUAAUAACUUGAAAUCGAUGGAGGAUGUGCGAGAUUGUACUGGGCGACGACCAAUAGACGUAUGUGAUUGCGUUCCCAAGGAUGAUUAUCAGAAGGUGGCGAAAUUAUUACGUGCCUGGAAACGACUCGAUAAAAUACAGGUUGAGCUGAUGGAUGGUGGCAAUGCGCAGUUAUUACUUAGCAGCGGACAGGAUACAACAGCGGGACAGCUGCAUGCGGAAAUGUGCAAGGAACUAAAGUUUAAUGAAGACAGUGGACGGCUGUUUGCAAUAUGGAUUUGCUCAGAUCGUUUGAGUUUGCAGCUGAAAUCGGAACAUAAGAUAUUACAACACAUGAACAAAUGGAAGAGUAAAAUAGCAAAGUUUGGUAGCGACGAAACUGAUGCUCACGAUAAUGAUGCGCCAAGGAUUUUCUUUCGGCGAGAUGCUCGACUUACUUUACGCGAUGAAAAGCAGGUGGAGAUGACUCCGAUGGCACUCUCUCUUCUUUACGAGGAAUGUCGCCAGAACUACCUAAGUGGUCUCUAUCCCUGUUCCAGUCGCGACGUUCAUUCGCUUGCUGCUAUCAUGCUGCACAUCAUCCACGGCAGUGCAUUUCAACUCAAGUUAGUCUUCUACAUUUUUCUGGCCUAG